GUCACUGCCUGAAGCAGUAAUCGGACAACUGUCGUUCUCACUCUGACUCGGUCUCUUGAGAUCCCAGCUAUAUAGUGUGUGUAUCGGAGCUCCGUGGGUUCUAACACUUGAAAUGAAAAAGAAAAAGGUGUGUUGUAGCCGGUAAUUUGUUGCGUUACAGGUUCUACGAACUCUCGAAGAACUCUUUUUUGAUGAAGUUUCUCUGUUGUCUCUGGACUGGACAGACUUGGCUGUAGAAGAUUAUAACGUAACUUAAAGGAACGGGAUACCAGCCAGAGCACAGGGAUUCCACCGUAGUUGAAGUCUAUGGACAUGCAGGAUCUAGCCAGUCCGCACAGCUGUGUAAGUGGAAGCAGUGAAUCUCCUAAUGGUCCCAGACUCGACAACUCCCAUAUCAAUACCAAUUCCAUGACCCCCAAUGGCACUGAAGGUGAUAGCAUCACAAUGCUCACCACAGCUGACUGGUUGUUAGGCUCUAGCUCACAGUCGGCUGCAGGUUGGUGCAGUUCAGAACCUAUGAGCAGCAGUGACAUCACCACCCCAGUAGCCGACGUCUCCCUUGACAGCUUUUCAGGAUCAGUUAUUGGAACCAGUGGCUUCAGCCCAAGACAAACACAGCAGUUCUCCUCACAGAUUUACCCUUCCAAACCGUAUCCACAUAUUCUCCCUACUCCUUCAUCCCAAAAUAUGUCUGCGUACGGUCAGACACAGUACACCACAGGAAUGCAGCAGGCCGCAGCCUAUGCUAGCUACCCCCAGCCUGGACAACCCUAUGGGAUCCCUGCCUAUGGCAUAAAGACAGAGGGGGGACUGAGCCAGUCCCAAUCCCCAGGACAGACAGGCUUCCUCAGCUACAGCUCAGGAUUCACCACCCCUCAGACGGGCCAGGCUCCAUACAGCUAUCAAAUGCAAGGUGGCACGUUCACAACCACGUCAGGAUUGUACGCUGGAAGCAACGCCCUCACGAACUCAACCGGCUUCAACAGUACACAGCAGGACUACCCGAGCUACCCAGCGUUUGGCCAGGGCCAGUACUCCCAGUAUUACAACAGUUCUCCCUACACCUCCCCCUAUAUGACCAGCAACAACACCAGUCCCACCACCCCCUCCACCACAGCCACCUACACCCUCCAGGAGCCCCCGAGCGCCCUGACCAGCCAGGCCCUCACGGACCCCCCAGCAGGUAGGCCCCAGGCCCCCCAGGCCACCCACCCUCCAUCCCCAGGAUCAGAAGGCUCUGGAGGGGGUGGCUAUGAUGCCAGGGCCACUCAUUAUGGAGAUUACAGUACCAUCCACAGUCCAUCAACGCCCAUUAAAGAUUCAGAAUCGGAUCGAUUGCGGCGUGCCUCGGAUGGAAAGUCACGUGGCCGAGGGAGAAGGAACAACAACCCUUCACCACCGCCUGACUCUGACCUUGAGCGAGUGUUCAUCUGGGACCUGGAUGAGACCAUCAUCGUUUUCCAUUCCUUGCUCACAGGGUCUUACGCUAACAGAUACGGCCGGGAUCCCCCGACGUCUGUGUCACUGGGACUGAGGAUGGAGGAGAUGAUCUUUAACUUGGCAGACUCUCACUUAUUCUUCAACGACUUGGAGGUACGAGACGUUCCUGUCGUGUAAACUGUGUGUAACAUU